AUGGGUUUGAGAGGUAAGUUAAUUGCUAAGACAGAGGUCAAAUGUGCUGGAGAAAUAUUUCAUGAUCACUUCAGCUCCAAACCUCACCAUAUCCCUAAGAUAAGCCCUGAUAAAGUACACAAUUUUAACAUUCAUGAAGGUGAAUUGGGAACUGUUGGUUCUGUUGUUUCAUGGAAAAUUACCCUUGAUGGAAAAGAGAGAGUGUUGAAGCAAGUUAUUGAUGCUAUAGACGAAGAAAAACAAAAAAUCACCUUCAAGUUUAUUGAAGGAGAUUUGAUGGAAUUGUACAAGGCCCUUAGUGCUACUUUGGCUGCUGAAGGGAAGUGGAUAGAAUGGAGUUUUGAGUAUGAGAAGCAGAAUGAAGAUAUCCCAGAGCCUUUCACACUCUUGGGACUUGCCAUUGAUCUCAUCAAGGACAUUGAUUCACACCAUCACAACAAAUGA